GCCUAUCGGGCUACGAACGCAGUAUGCGCGGUGCUGUGGUUGAACCGGCGUAUGAGGCGGCUCGGCAACCUGGGUCACGGGGCUUUCACGUAGAAUCGGAGAUUUCUCAUCAUGAUCGACGAACUAGCCACUGACCACGCUGCUUACGCCAAAAUCGACCUCACUAGUCAGGUCAGAGUGCUUCACAACACCAUAGAAGAUAUGAUGAUGCGGCUUGAAGAGUUCGAAUCAAUAUUUGGCAUGGUACUGUCGGAGGGUGCAGAAUGUCUCAGCGGACAAAUUCCACGCGUGCAAGUAGUACGGCAAGAAUUGACAAGCUUGUGUAGACGCAUUGACGCCCUGGAGCACGUCGUCGGACGGGCGAAUGUAAGCCUUGUAUCCUUGGAAGCUGCUGUAGAUGCUGCUGAGGCGGAUCUAGGUGUUCCCGAUUCACUGUUCAGCAAAUUGAAUCCGCUGUCCUUUUUUAAAAAGGUCCAAGAACCGGUAACCUCUACGAGAAUGCAAAUAUUUAACCCGCCAGUGCUGUACAAAACGGAAGAGUUCUUUAAUUCGGAAUAAAUCUUGCUCUACAUAAUAAAUAUAGAAAUGUUACCUGACCAUAUGUUUACCCACGAUGGGCUGAUACACAUGGCAUUACCGGUUUCAUCAAAUCAACAAAAUGAUGUACAAUUGAAUGUAUGGAAACUGUUAUUGUCGGCUUUUUUCAUCGAAAGUGACAUUACUUCGAGGCUUGGAGCAAUCGAUAAGAAGCGGGUCAAGUCAAGACUGAACGUGCAUUGAGAACCGUGUUCAGAAGCUGAAUUGUAUUUGUACAAUAUAGGAAUUCAAGCAGCGAUGUAAUCAGAUUAUAUUUUCAUACUCGGA